AUGUACGCGGACGACACGGCAGCACUGUGCUCAGGCGCGGACAUCCAGACGGCCAAGCGGCGCGCCCAGCUGGCAGCCGACUCCCUCGUCGAGUGGGCAAGGUCGUCGAAGAUGGUGGUCGCCGGACCAAAGACGCAGGUGAUGGUCCUCUCGCAGUGGGCCAGGGACGCAGUGGACCUCUCCAUCAAGGUGGCCGGAGUGACAGUGAAGGCGCGAGACACACUCAACCUGCUCGGUGUGACGCUAGAUCGCCUCCUACACUUCGGUCAGCACUGCAAGAAACUGAAGCAACGAACCCGGCCGAGGCUCGCCCACCUGCGGCGCCUGACUGGACGGGACUGGGGCCUGGAGGAGAAGCAGCUCCGCACGGUAGCCAAUGGCUACGUACGAGGAGCGUUGGAGCACGCGGCGGAAGCUUGGCUCCCUUCAACCCCACCGUCCCACGUCGAGGUGUUGGAACGCGAGAUGAGGGCUGCAGCCCGGAUCAUUACGGGCUGCGUCGCGUCGACCCCGACACACGCGCUGAUGGCGGAAGCGGGCCUCGCCCCGGUGGCCUCAAGAAGGACCACGCUAGCUGCUCGACUGCUGGCGAAGGCGCGAGCCCUCCCAGAAGAGGACCCCCUCCGGCGUGUCGCGGACAGCACGGCAGCGAAGCGGCUGACGACGGUGACAGGCUGGAGAGAAGUGGGACAGGUGGCGUGGACGGAGGCUGGAGUGGAGGCGAGGAUGGAGCCCAUCCUUCAGCCCCGUACCCCACCGUGGCUGCGACCCGCGCCGGUCACCUUUGACCUGGAGGCCGGGACGCGCCCACCACCUGGAUCGCCCGCUGAUCGCCGAAGACAAGAGGCUGCCCUCUGUCUGGCCUCCCUCCCCCAGUGUGCCACCUGGGUGUGGACGGACGGUUCAGCGGAGGAGGGCUUCAGGGACGGCGGCGCUGGAGCACUCAUCGUGUGGCCGGACGACUCAACAGAAGAGCUCCGUGCCCCGGCCGGUAGUUUGUGUAGCAGCUACCGGGCCGAGAUGGUAGCCCUCCGCACGGCCCUGAGACACCUCUUAGAACACCCGGCUCACGAAGAUGUCCCCAUCGUCAUAUGCACAGACUCCCAAGCUGCCCUGGCGGCCCUCAGAAGCGGCCCUUCUGAGCAACGGACCCAGCUCAACAGCGAAGUCUGGGAUGCCCUCACCCUCCUGACAAGAGAGGGUGCUCGUCGGCUCCACCUUCAAUGGGUCCCUUCCCACUGCGGUCUAGAAGGGAACGAGCGGGCCGACGUCCUGGCCAAGGAGGCGUCGGCGCUCCCGCAGGAAGAGGUCCCUCUCGAUGUGAGGACCGUGUUGAGGGCGUCCGCCAGAGCAGCGAGGGCAAAAAUCGGCAGACAACGCCCCAGCGGGUGGUACCGGGAUCUGUGGGGCGAACGCCUGCCUCCACCUGCGGCUGAUCUGGACCGCCACGCGGCUGUAGAGGUGCACCAGCUGCGGGCGGGCCACUGGUCGGGCUCCGCCCAGUAUAUGCACAGGAUCGGCCGUAACCCAACGGUGGAGUGCCCUGGCUGUAAUGACCAUGGAUGCCGGGCGGGACGGUGUCCGGUGUGUCGGGAGGAGGCGGACACGCCCGGACAUGUUCUGCUGCGAUGCCCUGCCCUGAUGAACCUGAGGUUCCGCCUGCUGGGCACCAUUCACCCGUCACACGAGGAGAUUCGGAGCGCGGACGUCGUCGCGGCCCUGGCGGCCGCGACCAGACGACUUCAAAGCCGAGAGGCUUCGCGGCAGUGA